UUGCGAUUCUCCUUUCUCAAACCUCCCCGCCAACCUCGUUCGCUCCCGUUUCCCAUCGCUGACUGUAUCUUCAAGAUGAGCGUUAUUCUCUGUACUGCCGGAUAUGACCAUACAAUUCGCUUCUGGGAGGCGUUGUCGGGGAUCUGUUCGCGCACCAUCCAACAUCCAGAUUCCCAAGUAAACCGUCUAUGCAUCACCCCCGACAAGCGGUAUUUGGCCGCAGCGGGGCAUAACAACAUCAAACUGUAUGACAUCAAGUCAUCCAACCCGAAUCCGAUCAUGUCGUUCGAUGGCCACACGAGCAACAUCACCGGCGUUGCUUUCCACUGCGAGGGAAAGUGGAUGGUGACCAGUUCCGAGGACAACACGGUUAAAGUUUGGGACACGCGCACUGGCAGUCUGCAGCGCAAUUAUGCCCACAAGGCUCCUGUUAACGACGUCGUGAUUCAUCCUAAUCAGGGCGAGCUCAUCAGCGGCGAUCGCGCUGGCAUCGUCCGUGUCUGGGACUUGGGGGAGAGUGUUUGCACCCACCAGUUGAUUCCGGAAGAUGACGUUGCCGUGCACAGUGUGAGCGUCGCCAGCGACGGGUCUCUCUUGUGUGCGGGGAAUAAAAAGGGGAACGUCUAUAUCUGGCGCAUGAUCCAAGACGCCGAGAUCACACGCAUCGUCCCGAUCUGUACCUUCCAGGCCCACAAGGACUACCUCACGCGGGUUCUCCUCUCCCCCGACGUCAAGCAUCUCGCGACCUGCUCCGCCGACCACACAGCCAAGGUGUGGAACCUAGACCUCGACUACCAGCCAGCCAAGCUAGCCGCAGCCGCAGCCGCUCGCGCCAAGGCCAAAGGCCUGCUCUCCCCAGAGAAAGCAGCGUCCCCCGCAGCGACCACACCAGAAUUCCAGCUCCGCCUGACACCCAACGGCCGAGCCGCCGACGAACUGAACCCAUUCAGUCUAAUCGACGGCGCCACGCCAAGCACACCCAGCAACGAGCCCCAGCAGAGCUUCCCCGUGCAACCCGACGGGCCCCCCAUGGACCCAAACACAGGAACACUGUAUCUGGAGACCACACUGGCGAACCACCAACGCUGGGUUUGGGACUGCGCCUUCUCAGCCGACUCAGCCUACCUCGUUACCGUCUCCAGCGACCACUACGCCCGUCUGUGGGAGCUCUCUUCGGGGCAGAUCAUCCGCCAGUAUAGCGGCCACCACCGCGGCGCUGUAUGCGUUGCCCUCAACGAUUACUCCGAGCCUCGAUAGGUAGCCAGAUAUACCUGGUGGGAUUGUCGUCACUGUGAUUGUUGUUUCUUCUUCCUUUUUAAUUCCUUCAUUUAUAUGGGCUAGCAUGGCGCUUCGGAUUGGGCGGGAGGCACUUAUAUGCUUCCUUGUUUUUUUUUCCUGGUGUUCAGGGUUGUUAUUACAGCUGUUUGGGGUUUGAUUUUGUUUGCUGUUAGUAUUUAUCUACCGAGUAGGGAGUAUCAU